UGCCGGGAGCCGCGACCGCGGGGCGCGCGAGCUCGGAGUUCGGGGCGCCCGGGGCCGGGCGGCUGCACGCGUCGGGCUCCGCCUUCCUUUGCCCGGCUGGGCUGCAGGGAGGGCACGGGACGCGGACCCCUCGCCGCGGAGGAGGAGCUUCGGCGGGACCCGGGGACGCCCGCGCCGACCCCCGCCCGCAUGGCCGACCACCUGCUGCUCGCCGAGGGCUACCGCCUGGUGCAGAGGCCGCCGCCCGCCGCGCCCGCCCACGGCCCCCACGCGCUCCGGACGCUGCAGCCCUACCCCGGCCCGGGCCUGGACAGCGGCGUGCGGCCGCGGGGGGCUCCGCUGGGCCCGCCGCCGCCGCCGCCCGGGGCCCUGGCCUACGGGGCCUUCGGGCCGCCGCCCGCCUUCCAGCCCUUCCCGGCCGCCGGCGGCGCGCACUUGCAGCCGGUGGCGACGCUGCACCCGGGCCGCGCGACCGCGCCCCCCGGCGCCCCGGGAGGGCCCCCGUGCCUGCAGCCGGCGCCCGGCGCCCCGGCCCCGGCCCCGGCCCCGCCGCCCGCGCACGCCCUGGGCUGCAUGGACGCCGAACUCAUCGACGAGGAGGCGCUGACGUCGCUGGAGCUCGAGCUCGGGCUGCACCGCGUGCGCGAGCUGCCCGAGCUCUUCCUGGGCCAGAGCGAGUUCGACUGCUGCUCGGACUUGGGGUCGGCGCCGCCCGCCGGCUCGGUGAGCUGCUGAGGGCGGCCCCGCGGCCCCGCGUGCCCGAGGGGAGACGGGUCCGCCGCGGGCGCCGCGCUCCCUCCGCGAGGUGCAGGCGGCGGGCGGGGGCGCGGACGUGGCCUGGCUCCAGGCCCUGCCUCCUGCAGGACGACGGCGGAGCUCCACCUCCCUGACCCGGAGCCUCAGCGGUAAAGUGGAGGGGCCUGGACCCCCAUUUCGGACUCCCGGUUCUUGGAUUCUCUGCACCCCCCCACCCCGACUCCCCUCAUCUGAGCCAUCGCAGGCUGCUGCCUGCUACCCCUUCUCUCCUUGUGCAACCCGCUGCGGUCACUGGGUCCCUGGAGCCGCCCGUCCGCGGGGCCUCCACCUUGGGGAGGGGAACGUUGUACAGCCCUCGCCCCGUGCAGUGGAGCAAUAUGCCCCAUCUGGCCUCCGACACCAAAAUAAAACUGGGUCACUUUACA